CUGGAAUGUGGCGGCGGCGACGCGGGCGGCGGCGGCCCAGGUUGGGAACGGGGGCCGGUGCUGAUGAGGGGUGCUGAUCCCCGGCUGCUCCCGCUCCUGACACCCAGCGCUGGCAGCGGCGGGGCGGCUCCCGCUCCCAAGGCCCCGCAGCCAUGUCCACCUUCCGCCAGGAGAGCGUGGAGGAUUUCUAUGAGAUGGGAGAGGAGCUGGGCAGCGGGCAGUUCGCCAUCGUCAGGAAGUGCCGCGAGAGGAAGACGGGGCUGGAGUACGCGGCCAAGUUCAUCAAGAAGCGGCGGCUGUCGUCCAGCCGCCGGGGCGUGAGCCGCGAGGAGAUCGAGCGCGAGGUGGACAUCCUGCGCGAGAUCCAGCACCCCAACAUCAUCACCCUGCACGACAUCUUCGAGAACAAGACCGACGUGGUGCUCAUCCUGGAGCUGGUGUCCGGCGGGGAGCUCUUCGACUUCCUGGCCGAGAAGGAGUCGCUGACGGAGGAGGAGGCCACGCAGUUCCUCAAGCAGAUCCUGGACGGGGUGCACUACCUGCACUCCAAGCGCAUCGCCCACUUCGACCUCAAGCCAGAGAACAUCAUGCUGCUGGACAAGAACGUGCCAAACCCUCGCAUCAAACUCAUCGACUUCGGCAUCGCCCACAAGAUCGAGGCUGGCAACGAGUUCAAGAAUAUCUUUGGGACCCCAGAGUUUGUAGCCCCAGAAAUUGUGAACUACGAGCCCCUGGGGUUGGAGGCUGAUAUGUGGAGCAUCGGGGUCAUCACCUACAUCCUGCUGAGCGGAGCCUCCCCGUUCCUGGGGGAGACAAAGCAGGAGACGCUGACCAACAUCUCUGCUGUCAACUACGACUUCGAUGAGGAAUAUUUCAGCAACACCAGCGAGCUGGCCAAGGACUUCAUCCGCCGCCUGCUGGUCAAGGACCCCAAGAAGCGAAUGACCAUCGCCCAGAGCCUGGAGCACCCUUGGAUUAAGGUGAUCAAGAGGAGGAACGUGCGCAACGAGGACAGCGGCAAGAAGCCCGAGCGGCGCCGGCUGAAGACCACGCGCCUCAAGGAGUACACCAUCAAAUCCCACUCCAGCAUGCCCCCCAACAACACCUACAUCAACUUCGAGCGCUUCUCCAAGGUCAUGGAGGAGGUGGCUGCGGCCGAGGAGAGCCUCCGAGAGCUGGGGAGGAACAAGAAGUCCUUCCAGGAGGACAUCGAGGCGCUGCUGUCCAUCUACGAGGAGAAGGAGUCGUGGUACAAAGAGGAGAACGAGAGCAUCAGCCAGGACCUGCGGCAGAUCCGGCAGGAGCUGCACAAGACGGAGGCGCUGAAGAAGCAGGCGCAGGAGGAGACCAGGAGCGUGGUGCAGGCGGCCAACGGGCUCAAGCGGCGCUACCGCAAGCUGGAGAACCACUACGAGGCCCUGGCCAAGCAGGUGGCGUCGGAGAUGAAGUUUGUGCAGGAGCUGGUGUGGUCCAUCGAGAGGGAGAAGCUGCAGAGCAGCGAGGGCGACGGCAGCAUCCGCUAACCCUGCUCAGCCCCGGGGCUGCGCUGCUCCCCGGUGCCCCUGCUCCUUCCUGGGGCUGGGGCU